AUGUCUACCGCUACUGAGAUGGCCGCGGCGCCUAAGCUCGAGAAGAAGCCCGUCAAGUUCAGCAACCUGCUGCUUGGUGCUGGCUUGAACCUGUUCGAGGUCACCUCAUUGGGACAGCCGCUGGAAGUGGUCAAGACGACCAUGGCUGCCAACCGGGGCGACAGCUUCGCCAGUGCUAUGAGUCGGAUUUGGGGCCGUGGUGGCAUCCUCGGUUACUAUCAGGGACUCAUUCCGUGGGCCUGGAUUGAGGCCUCCACCAAGGGCGCGGUCCUCCUCUUCGUCGCCUCCGAGGCCGAAUACUACGCUAAGAGCUUCGGUGCCAAUGACUUCGUCGGUGGCAUCAGUGGUGGUAUGGUCGGUGGUAUUGCCCAGGCUUAUGCCACUAUGGGCUUCUGCACCUGCAUGAAGACCGUCGAGAUCACCAAGCACAAGAUGGCCGCCGCCGGUGUCAAGCCCCCGGAGGGUAUCCGCGGUAUCAACCGCGGUGUCAACGCCGUUGCUAUUCGCCAGACCACCAACUGGGGUUCCCGCUUCGGUCUUUCGCGUCUGGCCGAGUCCGCUAUUCGCAACGUCUCCGGCAAGGAGGACGGUCAGAAGCUGGCUGCCUGGGAGAAGGUUCUCGCGUCCAGUCUUGGUGGUGGUCUUUCCGCCUGGAAUCAGCCCAUUGAGGUCAUUCGUGUCGAGAUGCAGAGCAAGACAGUGGACCCCAACCGCCCGAAGAACUUGACUGUCGGCAAGGCCUUCAACUACAUCUACCAGAACAACGGACUGAAGGGUCUGUACCGGGGUGUUGCUCCCCGUAUCGGUCUCGGUAUUUGGCAGACCGUCUGCAUGGUCGCUCUUGGUGACAUGGCCAAAGAAGCAGUCGAAAAACUGACUGGCGAGGCCGUCACCGCUAAGCACUAG